AUGGCGAUCGAAGGAGACGGAGAACUGCUGGUCUACGCAAACGCAUUCAAGUCUCUCCACCCCAGACAGGCUCACAACACACUGCUCAACAGACUCAGACAGGCCAGGAACAUCAACGAGGAACUGCUCGAACAGCUCAGGGAACGGAUCACCAUCGAAGAACACUACAGCAGAACACUCACCAAACUAUCCAGAAAAACGCAACCUGCAAACAACCCAUCCCCAGAAUCAGGCCGAUUCAGAUACGACCAGGAACAGCAGCAGGCCGAUGGCCCCGAGCAGGAUAGCCACCAGCUGUCGUUCGAGGACCACCAGACCCAACUCAGGACGACAGACGAACAACUGGCCAGACUGAUCCAAGCACUCCAAAGCAGACAGACCGAAGACCAACAGAUCUUCAACCAAGCCAAACAGCUCUGGACCGAGCAGUCCACCCAGGCAUUCAAGACCUACCAAGCAGUCGACCAACAGCGACUGCUCGAGCUCUUCGAAACCCUCACCAAGUUCGAAACCAUCCAGUCCGACUACCAUCGCCAACAGAUGGAAAUCUCCGAGAAAUCGACCAUGAGUCUGCUCGCCUUCGAUCUCAAAGAAGACAUCCAUCGCUUCGCCCUCAUCAACGGCAACAACAGCAUCAUCCAUGAUCCUCCCAACAAUCCCACUCCUGCCCCCGGUCAUUCUCGCCAUCCGACCGCAGAGACACACUCUCGGCAACCGACGAUCGAACUGCACUCUCGCCAACCGACCCUCGAGCUUCAUUCUCGUCAGCCGACCCUCGAGCUACACUCUCGUCAGCCGACCCUCGAGCUACACUCCCGUCAACCAUCACCAGGCCGCGCAUCUGAGGCCAACGACACCGAUCAGGAACAGCUCCGCCAAUCCGCCCGCUCUCCCUCCCUGCGUCCAUCAGCCUUCACCACCCCCACCGUCCCACCCGCUGCCUCCUCCUCCUCCUCAUCCUCAGCACAACCUACUUACGAUCCCAACCAUCCCGAAAUCCCUAAGCUCAAUGCCCCCAACAUCUCCGUCCCCAUCCGGUCCACCCCCACCUCCCCUGCCCUCAAUGCUCAAAACGGCCUCCCCCCACGCACCCUUUACGUCCAACGCCGUCCCUCUAGCGAGUCUCUCUCGGUUGCAAACCGCAGCCGUCCAUCGGGCGAUCUCGCCCGUUCGCAGCGCUCGAAUAUGCGUACCACACCUACCUCCAAGCCCGCUGCCUCCGGGCCCUCGAUAGCCGAGAAACUGUUCUCGCGGACCCGACUGACGAACAUGCUCUCCCGCAACACCAGCAAUAACAACAGUGCUAAUGGCGGCACGCCCGCAAGUCUGAAGCAGCCCCAGGCCCGACGGAUGUCCCAGACGAACCUCCCGGCCAGCCGGCUCAACGAGUCCACAAGCUCGCCCACGCCGACAGACCGCUCCCGUCAACGCAGGAGUUCGAGCAUGAUGGGUCGCGACACCUCCACCGGCCCCAUUUCUCCACCCACGACCACCACACCGCCCGAGACUGCUGCUGCGCUCCAAAAGCCCGGAUGGAGCUCCUCUCGGCUCGGCCAUUUCUUGCCCGGAUCAGGCCCCCUCCUCAAGAAGAAGUUCUCCCAGUCGAGCCGUCAUUGGACCGCAAAGGAUCAGCCCGCAUCUGCUAAAGCCUCCGCCAAGACCUCCGCCCCUCGAGUCGAUAGCGAAGGCUUCUCCAUCCCCCCCGUCCAUCGUGACCGUCCACCUUGGGAAACCGACACGGAUACUGAGGUCUUGUCUUUGGAUAGGACCGAGGGCUCUAGUCACCACCAUCCUAACAACAGCUCGCGAACCAAUGUCCAGGAGCAGCCGGAUGUUCCCGAUCGGGCCGGUAAUACGACCCCCGGAGCAGCAGGCAAACACCAGUUCGCGAUCAAGCCGUCGGCCAGCCAGGACUUCACCCAGCCGCUCGACGAAGCAGCCCGACUGGCGGCGAUCCAGCGGGUGCAAAACACUCUUGCCUCGUCCUCCACCGGUCCCAUUCCAGGCUUGGUCGGCGGGACCCGGCGUUCGAAUGCCGCGUUACGCGGGCGCAGGGCUGAUGGGCGCGGGGUGACGAUGUACGAUGCCUCUCCCGUCCCCGCGGUUCCUGCUGCCACUUCCCUGGUCCGCCGAGGUACCGUCUCCGAGCGACCCGAUCCGGCGACAACCGAGCCGCUCGAGAUCUUGCCCACCUCGCCCGCCAGCUUCGAGCGCUCGGGAUCCGACCAAACCGGGCACACACCACGGACGGCGCCGACGAGCUUCAGCCAUCUCUACUCGUCCCCUGAGACCCUCUCCUCCUCGCUCGGUAAUCCCCCCUCGGCCACCUUCCCGCAUCCCCAACUCAACAAUCAGAGCCCCGGAUCGAGAUCCAAUAGCUUGUCUUCCGCCGUCUCGUUGGCCGGGCCCUCUUCGUCCAAGAACCCGUUCUUGAGCAUGUCCCUCAGCUCCGUCCUUUCGCCCGCGGGCUCUGCUCGUCAACUCGAGGAUACCCCCGGCGUCGUCGUGACCUCUGGCCCUGCGCUUUCUGAUGGGACGCUGUUGUCAGUGAGCGAGAAGCUUAACGUGCUCAUGCACCAAGGUGUCGUGACCAAACUUCUCAUCAUCGGCCAGGUCUGUAUCCCCGCCUCCGCCCUGCGUGGGGUCCUUUCCCCGGAGAGCACGAAGGACGGGUUUUCGUUCAGGAUCGCAGGUCUGGAUCGGCUGGAGAAAGUGGUCUAUCCGCGCGACCUCGUCGGCCCUACCACGCAAGAGCCAGCAGUCGACGGGGCUGCUGCGGGCACGACGGGGGAGUACCGACUGGACCUGGCCCGGCUCCAGGCGCUCUUCCCCUCCGACUCGUCGCAGACGGUCUCAGAAGACGUGUGUCUGCUCAAGUACCGCGUCUUCCUCGACCACGCCUCUCCAUCCCUGGUCCGCGACCUGGCCCCGCAACAUGUGCCCCUCAUCGUCGUCCCCCGUUGGCGCUGUCUCCCCGACAAGACCGAGCUCGUCAUCACUUACCGGCCCUCUCCCGCUUUCCGCACGCUCCAUCACGCCGCCCACGUCCGUCUCUGCCACACGAAAAUCGAAACCACCGUCUUUGCUGGCGACCACCCGGUCCGUAAGCCCGUGGCUAGCGUCCAAAGUCUCCCUCAUGCCCAGUUCGACCCCAAGAACAACCACGUCGCCUGGUCCAUUCCGCAGCCGCCAACAGACGACACGGAGGAGCUUACGAUGGACGGCGGUGUGGGGACCCAGGAUCGGGAGAGGUUGGGCGUCGUCGGGUUGGACAAGGGCGCGCUCGAGGAGAGCUGUGGACCCGUCAGCGUCACCUGCGACGUGCCUGACAUCGCGCUCUCCGGCACCACCGUCUCCUUCGGCAGCACUCAUCUUCCGCACCAGCCGGUGUCGGCGGCUGGACGCGACCCGAGGAUCCGCGUCCGCAGCGUCUGCUCGACUUUUCUGGCCCGCUGA